UGUUCUACGUUUCCGGGGCGAAAUUUUGGUUUUUGGCGAACAAGACUGACCUAAUCUUUGUGUGGCUCAAGAGAAGGAAAGUGUGUUGCACUGUGGAUAUGUUGUAGGCCCCAGACGAAUAACCUGGUGAGCCAAGGUGCUGUGUCCUUUCAAUACAGCAAUGGAAAGUGUUGUGUAGUUCCUUGAAAAUGUGUACUUCGACAUGCAUAGAUUGAUUUUGAUCAUACGCGCGUACGCCAAAUGGGAACAUGCGCCUUUUGGCGUUGUAUGUGUAUGGAUAGCCCUUCCCAGCUUUCGUUCGAGCUGAACAGAAAUAGACGAGGAAAGGAGUUCAGCAGAGGGCCGGCCGACCAGCAACACACAAUUUAGAGGGGAUAUUUUGAGCAGAGUAUAUAACCCUAACCCUAGAGGGAACAUCGUCCAGGUUUGCUGAACCAGUGAACUACGCUUAUUCGUUUUUGCAAGAAAAGUGUCAAGAUUCCUCACAGAGAAUGACUGUUAGUUGGCUUGUGUCAGGUGAUUUAUGAUCACAGUACAACAUGGCGGAUGUUGCCAGCUCUAUGUCUGCUUCCUCCCCACCAGGGGGAAGCUCGGGGCUCUCAUUGCUUUCCGACAGUCCCGACCUUGCUAUUAUCUCGCCUGGAGUUAAGGAAGCCAUGGAUCGCAUUUUUCCCAAGUCUGCAUCACAGCUACUCCAGCAGAGGCCUUCUCAAGAUGGUGGGGAUGGCCCUAUCUCUAGUUCUGACGUAGGGAUGGGGUCGGCAGAAAGUUCCCUGUUCUGUGGUCUGGAGCCAAGCGCAUUUGGUGGCUUGACAAAAAAAGGCGACGGCAUUCGAGCAGACCCAGGUAGUGUGCCCUCAGAGUCCUCACCUGCCAUUCCUCAAACAGAACCACAAGUAACUCCGAAAACUGCGGACAACGGAAGUAUUCAGUCUUCUGAGAAGAGACCUAUAAGCAAAUUGAGAAUUACGAAAGCUGAUUUAGAAAUUAUCAGUUCUCUUCAUUCAGAUUUUGAUGAGCUUUCAAAUAAGAGCUACUCAGAAAACAGCCAAGGAAAGUCCAAAGAGAAUUCCACCAAUGAUUGUUACUCGAAUGAUUCUGACUCCGAGGAUAUGUGCAGACCGUUUGCCAGUGUCGCAAAGGCUAAGAAGAAAGAUAAAAAGCAUAAGAAAAAGAAGAGGAGGAAAGAGGACCUGAACCGGUCAGAUGUACUGAAUAGUGUUAUAACAAUAGACUCUGAAGAAGAAUUUCACAAGGGCAAGAGGAAAACAAGAAAUGAUAUAAAUCUAAGUGAGAAAAACCUUAGUCAGAGAGUUGUUAUUAGAGCUUUUGAAGAAGAUAGUAUUACUUCUGUAAAAGAAGCCACUAAAAGAAAUAGUACCAGCAGCAGAAAGCUCAGUCAAAGCCUUGACGCAAGUCCAGUCGUUCAGGUAAGCAGUGAAGAGAACAGUUCUUCGAUGCAAGAUUUAAGUGUCUCACAGCAGUCAUCUCAGAAUAGCUUUCCUAGCAAUUGGUCGGUGUCUGCUACCACAAGUGUUAAAGACAUUGCUCUUGCAAGUGAUGAUGUGUCGAACAUAUCAUUUUCAUCUUCGAAAGAGAAUGUGCACAGUCAGGUUCGAUCCGGUAUUAAACUCCCAAAAGUUCGAAAACCAUUCUAUGACGUGAAAAGUGACAAGAAGAGAAUCAGAAACACAUUCCCACCAUGUUGUGUUGUUCUCACACACUUGGGCAAUAUUUCCCAAACGUGUUCAGUCGAACAGUGGUCUCUCAUGGACUCCCCUACCCCGCUGUCAGUGAGGUUAAAAUCUCUAAGGACUCUAUGUGCAAGGGGAGGUAUAAAAUGCAAGCACAGAAAGAAACAGUUGAAAGGAGCUGCUUACGGCAACUUCCAUGAUGUGAACAAUUACACUGGUCAGUCAGAGGAAGAGUUUGAAACGGCUCGGGGAGGGAGAAGUCUAAGGAAGAGGAAUCAAAAUAUAAGUUACGCAGAGCCUUCUGAAUUUGCAGAUGACUUAAUGGAGAGUGGGUCUUCUCGUCGGAAAUCGAAAAUUAAAGACCGUUCGACUGACCGAGAGAAUGACAGCCAAAGCGAGUCAGACAGCAGUCAAAAGAAGGGAGACAGCAGUCAAAACAAGUCAGAAAGCAGCCAAAAGAAGAGAAAACUUGAUCCGUCAAACAUGAACGGAGAGGACGAAAAGAAAGAACAGAAUAACAAAGAACAGAAAAAGCUUGUUGCGGGUAAGGCUCAACAUGUAGAGAGGAAGGGUGCAGAUGGCAAAACUCAGGUAUAUGUGUACCCUAGCUCAAAAUUGCUGGAGAAGCAGAGCAAGGAGAAAUCGAAAGGUAGAAAGUCGGAUGCUGGAACAGAGAAAAGCAAGACACUUGCGUCUAGCCAUAGAAGUCUGGCCCCAGUGCCACGUUCUUCAAAUGUGUCUGUCCUUGUGAACAGCACCUCUCAGAGUUUACAGCCAAUACAGAGCUCGGUCUUAUCUCCAAUGCCUCUGGGCCUCUCUGGAGGCUUGAUGCCUCUGGCUAGCCGACCAAUUGCCCCUUCUAUGUUCCCGUCGUCAGUGGCUUCUACCCCAGUGGUUGCUAGCUCAACUUUUCCCAUGCCAAUCUCAACAGCGGCAGCCGGCAAACCUCAGUACUGCAUGAUGAAGAUGGAUGGCAAAGACGUUCUCGUGCAGCUGCUUCCUUCGGGUAUGAUUGGUCCAGCCUAUUCGGGGAUGCAAUCGAUGGUCCUUCCAGGUGGGAAGAGGUUCCUGCUCACUACACCCCCUCCGAGCAUGGUUGCAGCUGCGGGCCAGCCUCGUGUUAUAGGACAGACGAUUCUCCGGAGGGCGCCCGCUCCUGUUGGUGUCACCCCGAUUGGCCAGCCUCAUGUCGUUAGUGUUGCCAGCUCUUCAGGUACACGAUUUGUGGCCACAUCAGCUCCAAUGAAUGCAGCAGCAGCCCUCGCGGACUCGUCUGGAGUGAGAAGCUCAAUCCCCAUUCUGUCCUCCCCUCAACUGGGGAGGAUCACAGGAAUCUCCGUCGGUCAGGCGUUCUCUCUUGCUUCCGGCUCGCUGAUGGCAACUACAUCCUUUUCCACUGCCCCAAUUCCUGUCAUUUCAUCCAGUUCUUCAGCGGUGGUGACAGCUGCUUCAUUGCGAGAUGUUACAUCUGUGACCUCUGCAUUGUCCAGUGUGAGGCCCUCAUCGGCUGUUACAUCUAUGGCUGCCCCGAGCUCCACCACUGUUGUGCACAGUGCUCGAACCCCGGCCCCUUCAACAACAAGAGCUCCCGUUACAUCCAGCCAGGCAGUACCUACCAGCAUGCGCUCUCUGAGGGUGUUUGUGCCAGGAUGCUCUGCCACUGGCACUCCAGGCCACUUCACUACUCUGGCAAGUGUUGGGAGUGGGAGUCCCCUGACUCGACUGAGUGCUAGCAGUGAUCUCUUACCACAGCGCAAGCGCUCUGCUGAGAAGGAAUUGACUGCAGAACAAAAAGCAGCAAAACGGAGGAAGCUAGAAAAAAAAUAUCCACUUCCACCUGGUGUUGUGAUUAAGACAGAAAAUCCUGAUACACCUUCCACCCCAACCUCACUUAAAAACAGCAGUAAUACAAAUAUGAGGUCAUUACUGCGCCAGAAUGUCCUGCGCCAGAACAUUGUUUUCUCCACUGCGCGCAGCGGUGCUGGUGGCAAUAUACAAAGUAUAAGGAUCAUCACCCCAGCUUUUGCAUCUGCCCUGACCAAUAGACCAGUCAGACCGGGCUCCAACAUCAUGUACCGGGCGGCCAACGUUGGGGGGAGACAGACUGUGCUAGUGCCCAUCACUGUGGGUUCUUCUGGCACGACCUCCACCACUGGGUCUGUGAUGCUGGGUUUGUCCUCAUCUGUACUAUCUUCCUCCACCUUUUCCUCCACUUCCACUUCAUCAACUGCAGCAAGUCAAGCAGCUAUUACAGCCUCAUCCAUUAUUGCAACAUCCAGCCCCUCGAUAUCCACUCUUGUCAGCAACACAGCGAUUACGACGGCGAGCAGCACCACAGCCACUACUUGCACAACUGUUGUGUCUUCAGCUAUGGGUGCUGUUUCCACUUCACCCCCCAUUUUGAGAAGAAAUCGAGGCUCAAAUAGUAGUCCACUGCCACCGGUGCUGGUACCUGAAGCUGCCGUGAGCUCAGAGAACGGUCGAUCAGACAGCACUAUUACCUCAACCUCAUCCAGCUCGUGUGUAAACGAUGCUACCUCUGAGGACCCGGCUCAUAGUGAUGGGCCAAGUGACCAUGUAACAACUCCCUCAUCAGGCUUAGCUUCCACGAGUAGCAGACCUGACACUGAUGUGUCUGUUUCCUGUGUUACAGGGACAGCAGCAGAAGCACCGUCGCGUGCCACUGGGUCCACAACAUCAAAUUGUUUGACUUCUUUGCCAGAGAACUCAGUCGAGGCUGGGUCACCAUCGGUCAGUCUACGCUCUGGGAGUCCAGCUGCCAGCAUGGGCAUUUUACAGUCCUCCCAGGCCGCACUUGCCAGUCUGAGGUUACUAGUCAAGGCUCAGGAAGCUAAUGGCCUUAAAGGAGAGAGAAUGGACAAACUUAGAACUUUGCUGCUACAGAAAGAGGAGUUGCUCAAGUCUUUACAGAAGUCUGUUCUUGGGGUUGAGCAUUCUGGAGACUCUUCCAGCAACGCUGUUUCUAGCAGUGUAGACUCUGUUGUCAGCCAAGACCUCAAUGGCCAUAAUGGUACAGAAAAUGAUCCCUUUGUUAUUGAUUGAUGUGUUUAAUUUUUGUCUAUAGAUCUACUGACUCUAUUUAAGGUUUCUCGUUGUUACCAUGACUCAUUGGUAAAGCCAUUAAUGUGGGAUUCUCUGUUCAUCUUUUUUCUCACGAAUGAGAGUGGGGGAGAAUGAUGUACUGCUCAUGUCGAGGGGUGGUGGUGAAUAGGUAUUUCUCCCAGCCAGCCCGCCCCCUUCCGACUUUCUGGUCCUGUCUUGUUGCUGAAAUUUGUAAUUGUAAUUAUUUUCCUAAGUACUCCUAUUGCUGAAGCUAGAAUUUUGUUCUCUGUUUUAACUGUACGGACCAUCAGAGUCCAUGCUUGAGUGUUGUCUACCCUUACACUUCCAUUCACUGAACAUAGACUUUACCUCAGCGUACGUUAAUGCAAAUCUAAGUACAGUGGAGUCCACUUAUAACGAGUCCUGAAAUAACGAGGUCUGUUAUAAAGACACUAUUCUAAAACCCU